CUAGGGGCGGAUUGGGAAAUUGGAACCCGAGCACUGCCUCAACACCAGCCUCUGAUGUUGUUCAUGAUACAAGGCGUUGUAACAGGAACACCGUGAAUAGAUCAGCCAGCGCAUAUCCACGGGGAUCGAUAUCACAACAUGGCUCUUUAUAAAAGAAUGAUGGUCUCGUAGUUGCACAAGGAACUCCAAAAUCAGCUAACAACGUGAACAAGCUUCUUCCAUACAACAGAGAAGAUUGCACGCGCAACAAUGGAUCAGCCGCCUUCCAAGUAUCCUUACGAUCCGUCUCUCGCGGCAGCGGUCACCUUCGCCGUACUAUUUGGCAUUAGCGGUGUAAUACACUCCAUUCAGCUCAAGCGGGCGAAGACCUGGUACUGGAUCGCCUUUUUCAUAGGUGUUAACUUUGAAAGCAUUGGAUAUGGGAGUCGAGCAAUGAAUGCGUCCGAAACGCCGAAUUGGUCAAAAGUCCCCUUCAUCAUCCAGACUCUUCUACCGUUGCUUGCCCCGGCACUGUACGCCGCAUCAAUCUAUAUGCUCCUAGGCCGUAUUAUCGACUCAUUGGAAGCGGGCCAUCUAUCACUUAUUCCUGUUAGAUGGCUGACGAAGAUCUUUGUUUUCGGAGAUGUGUUCUCGUUCGCCUUCCAGUGCAUCGGUGGAGGCAUCCUCUCCGGCGCAAGUGAUAAAGACGGACUCGACCGCGGUCAGAAUAUUAUACUCGUCGGUCUCGGAAUUCAAAUCCUCUUCUUCGCAGCCUUCAUCGUAUCCAUCUCGGUCUUUCACCAUCGAAUCAUCAAACACCCAACGGCAAUGAGCAUGAACGGGCGACGGCCGUGGAGACAGUUCAUCAUGGUGCUCUAUGCCACCUCGUUCCUCAUUCUUGCUCGGUCAAUCUUCCGGGUGGCUGAGUUCGCCGAGGGACGGGAAGGCGUGCUUCAGACUACAGAGGUGUAUCUGUACUGUCUCGAUACAUCGCUCAUGUUCCUAUGUGCUGCGGCUUUCAAUGUUUGGUUUCCGGGGCGUAUUGUUCCACCCAUCACUUUCAAAGAUGAGGAAAGAUUUCCUCUCGGGGCUGUUUCGAAUCAGGAGGAUGAUGGUGCGUUUAGACUUCGAAGGUAGAUUGCAGCCUAAAGCCUGGAGCUUUAAGAAGUUCAGACGAACAAGGACAGUCUGUAAUGGGACUUUAUCACGCGGUCUAGAGAGCUGAUGGGUGGAGGAACUGAAAGUGUAAGCGUUUGGAUUUUACUUUAGAUACUAGCCUAGGAGUCAACAAGGGUAUCCAUAGUUGUCACGAGAUAUAGAUGAGGUAAAUGCUGCCCUGGGCCUAUAAGAAGUAGUCC